CUGCUCGCCACCCCCUGCAUAUAUAUACCCCUCCUCCCCUUAUAGCCCCCCCGCCCUGCUCUACAGUAGCACCCCCGCGCCAGGGUAAGUGAUCCGGCGGUCCGGGCGCUGUGUGCUGCUGCAUCCUUUGCCUGCGACUCUCCGCAUGGGCCUUCAUAUACACAGCGCUCACUGAUCACAGCCAUCUCACUUUUCUUUCUAUUCCAUCUCCAUUCCGUCCCAACCAGUCGCUCCUUCACUCCACCUCAUCCACCAUGGGCUGCGCGCAAUCUACAGAAGACUCGGCCGCCAAGGCCAGGAGCGCCGAAAUCGACGAGCAGCUCAAGCGAGACCGCGCAGACCUCAGGAAUGAGAUCAAGAUGCUCCUCCUCGGUGCUGGUGAAUCCGGAAAGUCCACCGUCCUCAAGCAGAUGCGUCUGAUCUACAACAAGCCGUACGAUGCCGAAGAACGCGACUCUUACAGGGAAAUCGUCUACUCCAACACUGUCCAGUCUAUGCGUGUGCUCCUCGAGGGUGUCCAGCUCAUGGAAAUCGCCAUCGAGCCUUCAAACCAGCCCCGAUGGGACCUCAUCAUGGCCGCGCCACCCCAGAUCGAGGGCGACGUCUUCCCGGCCAAGCUGACCGAUGCCGUGUCUGGGCUUUGGGCGGAUCGGGGUGUGCAGCAGGCGUUUGGCAGGAGGAACGAGCUGCAGUUGAACGAUUCGGCGCCAUACUACUUUGAAGCCAUCGCGAGAAUCGCCCAACCCAACUACACGCCCAGCGACCAGGAUAUCUUGAGAGCUCGUGUCAAGACGACAGGUAUCACCGAGACGCAUUUCAAGAUCGGUGAACUCACAUACAAGCUUUUCGAUGUCGGUGGUCAGCGUUCCGAGCGACGAAAGUGGCUCAACAUCUUUGACUCUGUUACCGCGCUCGUCUUUCUGAUCGCCAUCAGUGAAUACGACCAAAAGCUCUACGAAGAUGAAACGGUCAACCGAAUGCAAGAAGCCAUGACUCUCUUCGAGUCGGUCGCCAACUCUCGCUGGUUCACCAAAACCUCCAUCAUUCUCUUCCUCAACAAGAUUGACAUUUUCCGCGAAAAACUCCCCGUCUCGCCCCUUCACCACACCUUUCCCGAUUACAGGGGUGGCAACAACUAUGAUGCGGCCUGUGCUUUCUUGUUGGAAAAGUUUGUCGGCCUCAACAAGAACCCGUCAAAGAGUAUCUAUGCGCACUAUACAGACGCGACAGAUACCAAGGCGUUGAAAUUCGUCAUCUCUGCUAUCAACGAUGUCAUCAUUCAAGUCAACCUUCGCGACUGUGGUCUCCUCUAGAUUCCUCCAUCCCUAAUUAUCCAUCACCACCUUCUUGUUACAGCCCAUACCUGAACAGCGUCCUCCCAUCAUCCAUUUGCAUGUACAUAGAUUGCCUUCAUAUCUCUUUCUUCUGUAAUUGAUCCAUCGGCGAGACUCGCCGCGAGUAUGGGCUCUAUCGUUAUCGUCUUUGUGCCCAUAGAGUAUCUCCUGUUCUCCCGCAGAGCUGUAAAGAGCUAAAACUGGUUGAGAUACGGCAGGAUGGGGCGGCUGUCUUUCAGUGUCGUUGUCGUUGGGUCCCGGGGAGCUGUACGUAGUAGAGCUAUGCAUCGAGUGCCUCCCAACCGUCCCCAGUCGUAAUGAGGGAAGAUAUAGAGGUUGUGACGCGUCGGGAAAGUCAUGACGUGUCCGUGAUUCACUCUGAC